AUGUCCGAGUUCUCUCAAACUGCUCUAUUCCCAUCACUUCCAAGAACCGCCAGAGGAACUGCGGUAGUUUUGGGAAACACUCCUGCCGGUGACAAAGUGCUCUAUUGCAAUGGAACUUCGGUUUACACAUGUCCGGUGAACAAUCUCACUAAUACUGAGAUCUACACUGAGCACUCUCAUCAAACCACGGUGGCCAAAUAUAGUCCAAGUGGUUACUACUGCGCUUCUGGAGACAUCCAUGGAAAUGUUCGAAUCUGGGACACCACUCAAACCACUCACAUCCUUAAAACCACUAUUCCAGUCUUUUCGGGACCAGUCAAAGAUAUUGCAUGGGAUAGUGAAAGUAAGAGAAUCGCUGCCGUUGGAGAGGGAAGAGAGCGCUUCGGACAUGUUUUCCUUUUUGACACCGGAACUUCCAAUGGUAAUUUGACUGGACAGGCGCGCGCAAUGAACAGUGUCGACUUCAAACCAUCGCGUCCGUUCCGUAUUGUGUCUGGAUCUGAUGACAACACGGUUGCAAUUUUUGAAGGACCACCAUUCAAGUUUAAGAGUACCUUUGGCGACCAUACCAAGUUUGUUCACUCUGUCCGUUUCAACCCUGACGGAUCCCUCUUUGCUUCAACUGGAGGAGAUGGAACUAUCAUUCUCUACAACGGAGCUGACGGAACCAAAGUCGGAGUAUUUGAAGACGACUCGUUGAAAGGUGUCGCCCACUCUGGAAGUGUGUACGGUCUCACCUGGAGUCCAUGUGGAUCGAAAAUCGCAACAGCUUCUGCCGAUAAAACCGUGAAAAUCUGGAAUGUGUCUACUUUGAAGGUUGAGAAGACUGUUACAAUUGGAUCGAAGAUUGAAGAUCAACAGCUUGGAAUCAUUUGGACCAAGCAAGCAUUGGUAUCGAUUUCCGCCACUGGAUUUGUCAAUCUUAUCAACCCAGAGCUUGGAAGUGUUGAUGAGGUCAGAUAUGGACACAAUAAGGCUAUUACUGCUCUUGCAACCAGCUCUGAUGGAAAGACACUUUACAGUGCUGAUGCUGAAGGUCAUAUCACUGCCUGGGAAACCGCCACUGGAAAAUCCAACCGUAUCAUCCCAGAGAUUCAUGCUACCAUGAUCACUGGAAUCAAAUCCACUUCCAAUGGAAACUUGUUCACUGUCAGUUGGGACGAUCACCUUAAAGUUGUCCCCGCUGGAGAAUCUAGUGUAGAUUCCAGCAAGGUUGUCAGCGCCAAACUCUCUUCUCAACCACUAGGACUUGCUGUUUCCGCUGAUGGACAUAUCGCGGUGGCUGCUUGCUACAAACACGUGGCAAUUUACGUUCAGGGAAAAUUAACAGAAGUGCCAAUUGGUUUCAACUCAUCGUGUGUGGCACUUUCAAGCGAUAAGCAAUUGGUAGCUGUUGGUGGACAAGAUUCCAAGGUCCAUGUGUAUAAGCUGUCUGGAUCCAGUCUGUCGGAAGUCAAAACUAUUUCACAUGCUGCUGAAAUCACUUCUGUCGCCUUCUCAAACAACGGAGCCAUUCUUGUAGCAACCGAUCAAUCUAGAAAGGUUAUCCUUUACAUCGUCGCCAACAACUUCGAAUUGGCUCACACCCAUUCUUGGACUUUCCACACCGCCAAGGUAGCUUGCGUAUCUUGGUCUCCUGACAACAACCGAUUGGCUACUGGAUCCUUGGAUAACUCGGUUAUUAUUUGGAACAUGAGCAAGCCAUCUGAUCAUCCAAUCAUCAUCAAAGGAGCCCACGCAAUGUCCUCUGUCAACUCGGUUCUCUGGUUGAACGCAACCACUAUUGUUUCUGCUGGGCAGGAUUCGAAUAUCAAGUUCUGGAAUGUUCCACUUUAA